AUGCAGGCGGCGCAGCGGCAGCUGGAGUUCAGCGACGCGGCCGUCGCCGGGGUGCAGCGCAAGAUGCAGGCCGACGUGCUGCAGCUCGAGUUCGAGGAGCGCACCGCCAGGCGGCAGCUCAUGACCGAGGCGAGGGCCAAGGUGCAGAGCGGGCUGCGCGCCGCCGAGGUGGCGCUGCAGCAGCGCCGCGACAGGUUGCGUGACAUGCUGCAAAAGGAGGACUCGGCGCUGACGGCAGAGUGUGUGGACCGCAUGCUGCGAGCCGACGGGGACAAGCUGGAGCAGAUGCGCGCACGGGUCGCACAGGACCGCGCGCGGCGCGACGCGGAGGCGCGCCAGCUGGCGGAGGCGAAGCGGCUGCAGCAGUACCGGCUGCGCAUCGACGAGCUGCGCGGGCACCGGUCGCGGCUGCUGGCGCAGGAGGCGGUCAAGGGGCAGCUGUGCCAGAUAGAGGAGCGCCAGCGGCUGCGCCAGCUCGAGAGGGAGGAGGCGCGGUUCUGGGACGAGGUCAUGCGCAAGGAGGUCCAGGCCAAGAUGGCUCGAGAAGAGCAGGACGCGCGUGAGAAGGCGGACCGCGACCGGGAGAUGCGGGAGACGCUGGACAAGCAGGUGGCCGGGCUGGCCAGGCAGCGCGAGGAGGAGCAGCGGCUGCGCCAGGAGCAGAUGCGCCACAACGAGCACGUGCUGCAGCAGCUGAAGCUGGAGCAGCAGGGCCUGGCGGAGGAGCUGGAGAAGCGGCGCGCGCAGCUGGCGGCCGAGCUGCAGGAGCAGAUCGCCGUCAGGCACCGCUUCCUGGACGAAGCGAAGCGGCAGGAAGACGUCGUGGACCAGACGUUCGCCCGCCUCACGGAGGAGGCUCUUCGCAGGGAGAAGGCGCAGCAGCUCGACCUCUCGGUCUGA